AAACCCAGUAACCCACCCACCACUCUUCGUGUGCAACCACGGCAAGGCUUGCGUAUCAUCCUCGUUUUAACUCUUUAAUUCUCCCCUAGGCGAGAAAAAGAAGAAGACCAGCUGCUAGUUAGUUGCUCUGCAGCUAGCUUAGCUAGCUAGGGGUGCGUACGUACCUGCAGGUUGUGAGGAGGCGACGAGGGAGAGAUAUACAUGGGCAGCUUGGGGUCGGAGGCCGACCAUGGCGGCAGGGAGAUGUUCCAUGGCCACUCCGACCCCGUCGUCGACGAGCUCAACAGGCUGGAGAAUCUCCUCAGAGAAAAAGAGCGAGAAUUAGGACACACAUACAGUGAAGUAAAAGGUCUGAAGGUGACAGAUGUAUUGAAGGACAAGGCAAUUGCAGAGCUGAGCAAGGAGCUAAAGAAACAGGAUGAGAAGCUGAGGAGCCUAGAGAAGCAGCUUGAGCAGAAGAAUCUGGAUGUGAAAAGGUUAUGCAAUGAGCGGAAGGAAGCGUUGUCUGCACAGUUCGCGGCAGAGGCGUCGCUCAGGAGGAUCCACUCGUCCCAGAAAGACGAGGAAGUGGUUCCCUUUGACGCCAUCAUAGCGCCCCUGGAGUCUGACAUCAAGAAGUACAGGCAUGAGAUUGCGGUGCUCCAGGAUGACAAGAAGGCGCUCGAACGGCACCUGAAACUGAAUGAGGCAGCACUUAUCGAGGCUGGGGACAUUCUGCGCAGCGCACUCGAGAGAGCACUGAUCGUAGAGGAUGUCCAGAACCAGAAUAUUGAGCUGAAGAAACAGAUGGAGAUCUACCAUGAGGAGAACAUGCUUCUGGAGAAGAGCAACAGGCAGAAGGUACUGGAGAUCGAGAAGCUCACCCACACCGUUGGUGAGCUUGAGGAGUCCAUUCUUGCUGCAGGCGAUGUUGCCAAUGCUGUGCAUUUCUACCAGAACCAGGCAACCAGGUUGAAUGAAGAGAAGAAGACGCUCGAGAGGGAGCUGGCUCGAGCCAAAGUGUACGUCAACCGUGUGGCAACGACGACAGCGAACGAAUGGAAGGACGACGCUAACAAACUGAUGCCGGUAAAGAGAUGGCUGGAAGAACGAAGGCACCUGCAGGGAGAGAUACAACGGCUGCGUGACAAGAUAACCAUAGCAGAGAGGUCCGCAAAGGUGGAGGCCCAGAUUAAUGACAAACUCAAAAGGAGACUGAAAUCAUUGGAAGAGGGCAUGGGAACUGAAAAAACCAACACGCCUGCCAAUGAGGCCAACAGAAAAGGCACUCCAAAAAGAUCAACAUCUCAACCAAGACAACCCCACACACCAAGAAUGUCACAGCAACCGGCUUCACUCGAAGGCGCUGUUGACAAGAGAAGGCCAACGUCUCAACCAAGGGCGACCAUGGCAGGGAAGGUGUUGAAGCAACCUAAUUCAGAAUCGGAGCCUGCCGAGAAGGUGAGAAGCGUUAAACAACCUGACAGCCCAAGAGUGAGGCCUGCUGCUGCUAGAAAGGAGCGUCCUGUGAGAAAUCUCCUGUGGGCGACAAGCAAAGUAACCAGUGAUGCUGGGAAAGAGAACAAGGAGCAGAAUCCAAAUUACAAACCACGUUUGAGUGCUCCACAUGUGCAGGUACACGGUGGCACGAAGCCACAAGCUGUAUUUGAUGCGAAUGGAGACUGUGGAAUUCAGUGCAGUGAACAUCACAAAACCAUGGAUCUGGAGAACUUGGGUGAGAAAACGGCCGAUGCUUCUAAUGCUGUAGAGAGUGCCCAGGGUGGAAAUAGGGAAAUUUGAAAAAAAAAAUUGCAACAGGAUAUCUAAUACAAGAAGGGUGAAUACAUUAUCAUGUACAGAUGCAGCGUGGUGAUUUAUUUUAAAGAGCAGGUUGUGCGUCUCCGCUAUUUUCUUCAACUGGGGAGAUUGUUUGAACAGCAAAACCAGCAGCUUAUCUUGUCUUGUUUCUUUAUUCUCUCUUGUAUAUAUGUAAGAACUGUAUCACAUUGUUGAGCAAAGCAAUUUGUGCCUAAAAAAAGAUCCAAAUGCAGUUUGUGGUACUUCGAGAUAAGGCCUGAUUUACCCAAAAUAAAGGAAAUUUCUGCUAAUGUAAUGGAAGGAAUAUAAAAUGAAGGGGAACAUCUUUCUGUACUGUUUAUUA